AUGGAUCUUGAUGAGGGAAGGCCUAAGUUCUUUCCAAUGGAAGCUCUUUCCCCUAGUCGAUAUAUCUACCAUAUAAGUUCAUUGGUUGACAUUUCACCUCAUCAUUCUAGAAACUGGAAAAAAGCACUUGAGAUUCCUGAAUUUUUUAACAAGUUCUCAAGGUUUGCAAUUAAACAACUGGUGGGAAAGGCUAAAGAGCUUCAGUUUAUUCCUGCAUUAUCUUUAGCUGGUAAUUUAGUUCCACCACUUGACAACAUGAAUUAUCUUGCUGUUUCACAUGAAAAUGGCAAUGGAGUUGUGGGGAGAUAUAUGAAUCAUGUUCCAUGUGAAGUUCAACAACAUAAAUGUGGUGAUCUUCAUGGAAAUUUUAAUUGUUCAUCACCUGCAGUUGAACCAAAAACUGGAAUUGAAUUCCCAACUUUAUUGGAUAACAUCUUUGGAGGGAGUAAUUCCAGUUUAAAUACAGAGGUUCUUGUUGGAACUGGAUUGAAAACAAUGAAAAUAAUUAAAAUAAAAUCUUUGAAGCUCUAUGCAUUUGGAUUUUAUGUUCACCCUUAUGAUAUCUGUAAGAAGUUGGGGUCAAAGUAUGCUUCUCUUCCCAAAGAGGAGGUCAACAAGCAUCAUAACUUCUAUUCUGAUCUUCUCAGGGAGGACAUAAGCAUGACAGUUAGGCUUGUGGUAAGCUACAAUGGACUUAAAAUCAGUACAGUUAGAGAUGCUUUUGAGAAGUCACUUCGAGCCCGAUUAAUUAAGAUGAAUCCAGAUACUGAUUAUGACUGCUUAAGAAGUUUUGGUUCUCUUUUUUCAGAGGAUAUUCCAAUACGAGCGGGAACAACAAUAAAAAUUCAGAGGACAGCUGAUGGACAUCUUGUAACCGAGAUUGAAGGCAAACGGAUUGGUGCAGUUCGUAGUAGGGAUUUGUGCAGGGCUUUCUUUGAUAUGUACAUUGGAGAUGGUCCAGUGUCAGAGCAGACAAAAACAGAGAUUGGAGAAAAUGUGGCCAAUAUAAUGAGGAGGUGCUAAGUGCUAGAUAGUUAUAUUAUGCAAUCAUGAAUCGAUCAUUUUUCUUGAAGUUUAGUGGUGUGAAAUGUGAAUGUGAAUGUGAUGGAGGCAACAAAAGGGUAGAGUAGAGGCCACAGGCCAGGGGUUAUAAUGUCCAUAGUUAAUAGUUACACAACAAAUGUGUAAUGGAAAUUUGUAGUUUGUAUGGUGAAGUUAAUAAAGAUGUUGAUUGUUGUUGUUGUUGUAGUGGCU